AAAUGAUUAGAUUAAAUAUUGAAGAAUUGAAGGGUGAGAUAGACUUCGCUUUUGAAUAUAACACGACUGGUAUCACUUGGCAAUUGCUGGACGAGAAGAUACCAGACCGUACGACAACAUGGACGAUUUUAAGCUUCUCUUUUUUCUUCUUCUAGCAACUAUCAGCUCUAGCCGGUCCUCGCCUAUAUUUUUCGAUCAAGAUGGUGUUGCUUCAAGAACCAAUGCCGACUACAGGCUUCCAACAAAUUCCAAACCAAUUCACUACGUCAUCAAGUUGAAUCCACACCUGACUAAUGAUAACUUCACUUUCACCGGUGAAGUCACAAUCACUCUUGAAGUCGUUCAAGCCUCCACUAACAUCACUCUUCACUCAAAGGAACAAACUAUUGAUGAGAGUAGAACUUUUUUGGCACCUUAUAAUGAUAACACUACCAGAUACAGCAUAACACAUAAUUAUGAUACCACCACCGAUUUUCUCAUACUCUCUGCCAACGAGACAUUACCUGUUGGCAAUUAUACAUUGAUCAUCCACUAUACUGGUGAUCUGAGGGAUGACAUGAUAGGGUUCUAUAGAAGUUCCUAUACGAACUCAAAUAAUGAGACUGUGUGGAUAGCGACUAGCAAAUUUGAACCGACUCAUGCACGUUAUGCUUUUCCAUGUUAUGACGAACCUGCUUUGAAAGCAACUGUUGACAUAUGGUUGAAGAGAGAACAGUCUCAGCAUGCUCUGGCCAAUACUAAUAUAUAUACCGAAAAGAAGGACAAUUCUGAUAAUAAAACAUGGAGUAUUUUCGAAACAACGCCAUUAAUCUCAACGUAUCUAAUAGCUUUUAUUGCUUCGGAUUUUGGAAGUAUCAGAAACGCCGAUAAUACGUUUGGUGUUUGGGCCCGAUCUGACGUCAUAAGCACGGCUCAAUACUCUUUCGAUUUUGGUAUUAAGUCCCUGGAACGAUUGGAAAAUCAUACAAGUGUUAAAUACUAUGGUUAUAGUUUACCUAAAAUGGAUCAAAUCGCUAUUCCUGAUUUUGCAUCCGGUGCCAUGGAGAACUGGGGUCUCGUAACGUACAGAGAGAGAUAUUUGCUCUAUCAAGACGGCGUCUCGACCAAAUCUGAUAGACAAGGAAUCGCUACCGUUAUCGCCCAUGAAUUUGGUCAUCAGUGGUAUGGCAACCUUGUCGGUCCUGAAUGGUGGACAUAUUUAUGGCUGAACGAAGGAUUCGCCACGUAUUUCGAGUACUUCAAUGCUCAUGAGAUUGAAAGUACAUGGAGACUCGACCAACAGUUUCCUGUUGUUGAAUUGCAAGCAAAGGCAUUCGCUGUCGAUGGCCUUGGCACUUCUCAUGCGAUGAACGCAAACGUUAAAAGUCCAACGGAAAUCAGAUCGAUUUUCGAUUCGAUUUCCUACGCGAAGGCCGGCAGCGUAAUACGAAUGAUGGAACACGUUAUUGGUACACCUGUGUUCAAGACUGGAUUGAAUAAUUAUUUAGUUGCUAAUCAAUUCAAUACUGGAACAUCUGAUCUCCUUUGGAAAGGUAUACAAACAGCUGUUGAUCAAACUAAUUUGAAUUUGAAUAUCAAGCGAAUAAUGGAUACCUGGGUUACGCAACCUGGAUUUCCUGUAAUAACCGUAACGAGAAAUUACGACGCCAAGACUGCGCUAGUCCAGCAGGAAAGAUUUUAUCUUGCUGAUGCAGCAACCUACAAUUCUACUUCCUAUUACUGGUGGGUUCCUAUCAAUUACGUUGUUGCUUCCGAUAUUGACUUUACUGAUACAGCUCCCGAGACAUGGAUUCCUGCCACUGAUAAUAUUUCUAUUAGUUCGUUGAGCUCGAAUGACUGGAUAAUUUUAAAUAGACAACAAACUGGUUACUAUCGCGUGAAUUAUGACAAAACAAAUUGGAAAUUAAUAACGACUUAUCUGAACAGUGAAAGUUAUAAUAAUAUUCACGUAGUUAAUCGUGCUCAGCUUCUUGACGAUGCAUUCAAUUUAGCAAGAGCAGGCUAUAUCGAUUAUACAAUUGCAUUGGACCUAACGACUUAUCUGGCACAAGAGACUGAUUACAUACCGUGGUACUCAGCUUUUACCGGUUUAAAUUAUUUGUACAGAUGGCUGGGUAGUUCCGAUUCGUACGACUUGUUCAAGGCGUACGUUUUAAAACUUAUUGCCAAGUCGCAAGAAACUUUAACGCUAACAGAGCUAAGUGACGAUGAACAUGUGGAAACAUUACAUAGAACCAAUGUUCUAAGUUGGGCAUGUAAAUUGAAUCAGAGCAAAUGUCUGAGCACUGCAGCUGAAAAAUUUUCAGCCUGGUUACUCGAUGGCUAUGGGACGGCAAUCACGCCAAAUCUAAAAACUGUCUUUUUUUGCUAUGGAAUACAGCAAUCGAAUAGUACCGUUUGGAAUGAGCUGUGGAAAAAAUAUUUAGCUACUGAUUUGUCAUCUGAGCAAAGACGAAUUUUAAGUGCACUUGGAUGCACCGAGGACGUAGAUAUACUUAAUCAGUAUAUGUCUCUUGCAACCACUACAGGUUCAGGAAUACGUGCACAAGAUUCUACUACGGCAUUUUCAGCUGUUUAUACCGCAAGUCCGAAGAAUGUCGAAGUUGCAUUGGAUUACAUUAUCAACAAUUUAGAUUCGAUUUACGAAUACUACGGCGGUACGGGUUCCAUUGCUACUUUGUUGUCUGGAAUUGGUCUACGAAUUACAAACAAUGAAUUGCUUGAGAAGUUGGUCAAGUUCUCCGAGCAACAAUCAAGCAUUUUGGGAGGGGCAGCAUCCACUGGUAUCGCCAAUGCGAGACGAAAUCUGGCGUGGAUUGAAAAGUACGAACCCGUAGUAGCGCAAUGGCUGUCUGAAGAACUUCCGGAAAAUGAAGGUUCCGGCGCUGCUUCAACAAUAGGCAGCAUUACUCUACCAAUUGUAUUUAUAUUCGUGAUGCGAUAUUUUCAAUGAAGAUUUAACUGUGACUGUACAAUCGAAUAAUGAUCGAUAAAACAUUUAUCAAUAAAUUAGUCAUCUGUUGAUCCAUCCAUUGUACAAAUAAAAAUGGCAAUAAAACAAAUUGAUAUUAUUUCGUGUUAA